AAAUGUGUGAUGCGUCAGAUUAUAGCCCACUUACUGUAUCAUCUGCCUCUUGAGCUUGAUAAAAAUGACGUGGAACAAAUUGGAGUAAUCAAUGGGCUAUACUAUUAAACUUGCUCUAAACAAAUCCACCUGAAUGGUACUACCUGAUAGCGACACGUUUGGCCUUCACGCGCCAGUGCGCCACUGCUCUGUCUACACGGCGCUUUCUCAAGAUCAGAUAUGCACAAAUCCACCUGACAGCAACACGUUUGGCCUGACCGCGGCGCCGAGCGUCCGUCCGUCUGCACGCCGGAGGAGAAGACACACGGCGAUGAGCUCCUGCGAGGCGAGGCGGGCGCACGCGGUGCUCAUCCCGCAGCCGGCGCAGGGCCACGUCACGCCCAUGCUGCACCUCGCCAAGGCGCUGCACGCCAGGGGGUUCUUCGUCACCUACGUCAACUCCGAGUACAACCACCGCCGCCUGCUCCGGUCCAGCGGCCCUGGCGCGCUGGCCGGCGCCGCGGGCUUCCGUUUCGAGGCCGUGCCGGACGGCAUGCCGGAGUCCGGCAACGACGACGUCACGCAGGACAUCGCCGCGCUCUGCGUGUCCACCACCAGGCACAGCGCCGAGCCGUUCAGGGAGCUGUUGGUGAGGCUGAACAGCACGCCCGGGACGCCGCCGGUGAGCUGCGUCAUAGCCGACGGCGUGAUGAGCUUCGCGCAGAGGGUCGCCGAGGAGAUGGGCAUCCUGGCCUUGGUGUUCUGGACUACGAGCGCUUGCGGCUUCAUGGGUUACCUCCACUUCGCCGAGCUCAUCAGACGAGGCUAUGUGCCACUCAAAGACGAGAGUGACCUGACGAACGGAUACCUGGACACUCCGAUCGACUGGAUCCCCGGGAUGCGAGGCAUCCGUCUCAAGGACGUGCCAAGUUUCAUCAGAACGACCGAUCCGGACGACGUCAUGCUCAAUUUCGACGGCGGCGAGGCUCAGAACGCGCGCAAGGCCCGGGGGCUCAUCCUCAACACGUACGACGCGCUGGAGCAAGACGUCGUCGACGCGCUGCGCCGCGAGUUCCCGCGUGUGUACACCGUCGGCCCGCUCCCGGCGUUCGCCAAGGCCGCCGCCGGCGAGGUGGGCGCGAUCGGCGGCAACCUCUGGAAGGAGGACACGGGCUGCCUCCGGUGGCUGGACGCCCAGCAGCCUGGCUCCGUCGUGUACGUCAACUUCGGCAGCAUCACCGUCAUGUCGCCGGCUCAUCUGGCCGAGUUCGCGUGGGGCCUAGCUUGCUGCGGCCGGCCGUUCUUGUGGGUCAUCAGGCCGGACCUCGUCUCCGGCGAGAAGGCCAUGCUGCCGGAGGAGUUCGUCGGCGAGACCAAAGAGAGGGGCGUUCUGGCGAGUUGGUGCCCGCAAGAGCUCGUCCUCUCGCACCCGUCCGUCGGCCUGUUCCUGACGCACUGCGGGUGGAACUCGACGCUGGAGAGCAUAUGCGCCGGCGUUCCGAUGAUCUGCUGGCCGUUCUUCGCCGAGCAGCCGACGAACUGCCGGUACGUGUGCGACAAGUGGGGGGUUGGGAUGGAGAUCGACAGCAACGUGAGCAGAACGGAGGUGGCGCGGCUCGUGCGCGAGGCGAUGGAGGGGGAGAGAGGCAAGGCCAUGCGAGUGAACGCCAUGGUGUGGAAGGAGAAAGCCAAGGAGGCGACAGAGGAAGGAGGUUCGUCGAGCAGAAAUCUGGACCGUCUGAUCGAAUUCUUGCAUUCUUCUGGGAGUGACGCUCGCUGAGUUCAUAUUAUCAUAUCACAAAUUAUCUUGUGCGUGCUUUCCGCUCAUCUAGUGGCACUGAGAAAUGCAGUGCAAAUAAUUGGUCAGUCAAAAUUCCUGUUCGUGUCAGAGUAUAACAUGGAAGGAUACGGAGUUUGCUAGCACAAAACAACUGUGCUGCUGGAUGGCGACUUGAUCACCAGCUCAAUUUCUCCGGGAUUCUAGAUCGCAAAAUGACGGAAAGGGAUUCUAGAUAGUAGAUUCGUCUCGCGGCCCGUGCAGCCGUGCGCUCUAAUCAGCCGGCGCUAGCACACUACGCGUCAGCCAAAUCUGACGUGGAGGAGUAAAAAGGAAAGAAAAAGGAUGGAGUGAGUGUUCCAUCUAUCGUCCGACUGAAGCGCAAUACACGAGAAAAGGCUGCUUUCUUCCAACCAGAUACGAGGAGAUGAGGUGUAUAUGCGAAUAUUAAAUAUCUAAAUCUUCAAUAGAGGUAAACAAACAGCUAAUCUAACAGCCAGCCUAUUAUAUUAGUGAUGGCUAUAGGUGACAUGGUACUAUUAUAGAGCCGGCAGCUAGCUAUAUUAUUAUCCUUGCUCCGGGUGAUCUCCGAUACUCGGCCACUACACCAGUGGAUACGCACGAGCAGCUAGCAGUGACAGUUUCGACGCACGCGGCUGUGGUAGCGAAGGAACGGCUCGGCCGCUUGGAUGGCUACACACACCUGGUGCGGAUGCGUACAUGCACGGACAUCACGGGCUUCUACAGAAAAAGUUACUUUCAAAAUUAUGAAAAAUCCAGCACGUUCCACCCUGGCUGCUAUCAACCGGGAGGCUUCGAUGAUGGAGCGGUGAUUGGUUGUUCUUCACUUGUUCUGGGCUUAUCCAGCGGAAAUUGGUUGAUUGCGAACUUCGUGGACUUUAACCAAACUCCAUAUAAAAGAUUCCCUCCGUGGUAUACCGUCAGGAUAAUACAGGUGCAUUUUGUAUAUCUGUUUAUCUUUUCUUUCUUUAUGUAGGUAAAUUGCAUCGGUGUAUACAAAAUUGUCGUAUGAAUGCAACCUAGUGUACGAACUUGUAAAAUACUUGUUUUGGUGUAUGAACUUGUAAAAGGCUAAAGGUCACUAGAUGAAUAAUCUUGUUAA